AUGGUCGAUGCCUCCAAUGUUGCUGUUGGCGCGGUUCUUCAACAAAGUCUGCCGGAUUCUACCGUGCCUUUGGCUUUCUUCUCCAAGAAACUAUCCAAAGCAGAAACCUGCUACAGCACAUUCGGACGUGAACUUCUCGCCGCUUAUCUUGCCGUAAGGCACUUCCGGCAUUUACUCGAAGGUCGAGAGUUCACAAUUUUCACUGAUCAUAAGCCACUCACGUUUGCAAUACAUUCCCACUCUGACAAGCUAAGCCCCUGGGAGAUCCGUCACCUGGACUACAUUUCGCAGUUCACUUCAGACAUCCGCCAUAUUGACGGGUCACGGAAUGAGGUGGCUGACGCACUCUCAAGGACUCUCAGGCCUGACUGGAGGCAGUCAACAUCAGCCCUGGCUUCCCCAGUGGCCACUGCCGCCUGAGAGGACAACUCUGGGCCUUGCAUGCAAUAAACCCCUAAUUCUGGUGUCUUUCGUCUUCUCCUCACUACUUGGGAUUCGACCAUGUGGUUGUAGCUCACCGACUGCACACACACACCGCCUGGCAGCAACAAAUUGGUGACAUCGACCAUCAAAGAUAUGGGUGCAUCAGCGUGAAAGUGAGUCAGGAGGGUGGCGUCAGCCAGAAGGGCUUUUACCUGCUCAAAUGACGUGAGUGCGGCUGAUGUAAAUUCAAAGGUGCGCUUAGAACCAGAGAGGAGACUGGUCAGAGGUAGGAUGGUGUCGGCACAGUUUGGGAGAAACUGGCGAUAAAAGUUCACCAUACCAAGAAACCGUUGCAACUGACGCUUCGAGGUAGGGGGUGGAAACUCCCGAAUGGUCGGACAACCUUCCCCUUGCACUCCUCGGCAUCGGCGCAGCUCUGAAGUCGGAUCUGGGCUGUAGCACAGCUGAAUUGGUUUUCGACACUGCCCUCCGACUGCCAGGCGAGAUGAUCACUCCAACCUCUCGUGGCGCCGACGAGACUCCUGACAAUCUUGUGCACCGUUUGCGGCAAUUUAUGCGCUCGCUUUCCCCGGUUCCACCUCGAGCUCCAAUGACUGAGUCUUAUGUCGAGAAAGACUUGGACAGCUGUACUCAUGUGUUCGUCCGGUGUGACCGCGUGCGCCAGCCGCUGGAAUCACCGUACGAAGGACCGUUCCGCGUGCUCGCGCGCAACGCCAAGACCUUCCGGGUUCUUCGCAGUGACAAGGAGGACGUGGUCAGUGUCGAUCGGGUCAAGGCUGCUGUUGCAGAGAAGCCGCCGGACCCGUCACAAGGACAAAAAUGUGCUGACCCCCUAACCCCUGUUCCUCCAUAUUCCCUAUCCCGUGCUCAUGCACCCUGCCCACUACCUCGCCCUUUCCAUCCCUUGCCCUCUAUCCCUCCGUCCCGUAUACUUCCUUUACCCCCAUGUCCGCAACCCACAACUGCAACUACUCCUUCAUCAACCAACAACACUGUAACCGCGAGCCAUACUCACUCUACUCCUGUGCCCCCUGUAUAUAUCACCCGUAGCGGACGCCAUGUUCACUUUCCUGACCGUUUGGUCACUCAUGUUUUUUAGAUAUCAACAGUUCCUUCGGCAUCGCUAUGCUCCGCCUUUGGUCUAGCCUGGGGGUACUGUGGCGGUUCGCGUCUCCUCACCCUCCGCCUUUGUCACGCUGCCUUCCUGUCCGCCUCACACUCCGUGUCGAGAUGCUGCUGGGACGCGCGAGUGCUCGAAGCCAAUCAACGCUGUCCCCACUCUGAUUGGCUGGCGACGUGGAGACAACGAAGGGCGCACACACGCGCUAACACAACACCUCGAGGGCGGACGCAGACAACAGCUUGCUUGGAGCGCGCUUGCGGCGACUGCCCACACAGCUUUUGUGUACACGCUUUCCAAGCAGUAA